AUGAAUUGCCUGAUGAUACCGGGAAUGCAACCAGGAUCCCCGCACAAGGCCCGCGGCCAGAUACAGGUCAUCUUUGGACCCAUGUUCUCUGGAAAAAGCACCGAACUGAUGCGCCGAGUCCGUCGGUUUCAAAUUGCACAGUAUAAAUGUCUUCUAGUCAAGUAUGCUAAAGACACACGCUAUUGCGUCAAUGGAGUCUCCACACAUGACAGAAACACCAUGGAGGCCAUGUCAGCUUGUUACCUCAAAGAUGUACAGCAGGAGGCUCUCAAUUCUGCUGUGGUUGGCAUUGAUGAAGGCCAGUUUUUUCCAGAUAUAAUUGAGUUUUGUGAGACAAUGGCCAAUGAAGGGAAAACUGUCAUUGUGGCAGCCCUUGAUGGAACGUUUCAGAGGAAGGCUUUUGGGAACAUCUUACAGCUAGUCCCCUUAGCAGAGUGUGUGGUGAAACUAAACGCUGUUUGUAUGGAGUGUUAUCGUGAGGCCUCUUAUACAAAAAGGCUGGGAACAGAGAAAGAGGUAAGAGCAGUUAGAGCUUUCCCUUUCUUUAAAGGAUUCCCAUCUACCUGUGUGAGAAGUGUGCCUGUUAUGGAUCAAGAACAGCAGAAUGUGGAAGUAAUAGGAGGGGCAGACAAAUAUCACUCAGUCUGCCGGGCCUGCUAUUUCAAGAACCAACAGUUGACAUCUGAAAACAAAGAGAACCUACCAGGUGGGAAUAAACAGCUGAACAUUAAUACCUCCAGAAAAGUCUUGUCUACCCAUCAGAUCAUGCAAUGGAGUCCAUCUAAUUAA